AUGUUCCUUCAGGUCCGGUCUCUGCAGCUCGAGACCUUUAUCGACCUGCUCCCAAACCACGUCUCAGCUGCUCGGUCUCGUCUGGUUCCACAUUCUUCAUUCCUCAGACCUCGGGAAGAGCCUCAGACCUCGGGAAGAGCCUCAGACCUCGGGAAGAGCCUCAGACCUCGGGAAGAGCCACAGGCCAAAGGGAGCGGCCGAAUGUUUCACAACCUCUGGAUACCGCGCUCUGUCACACGCGCAUCUGUCCUCCUCCCCUGCUGCUUAAUGUUUCACAAUCUGGCAACCAACUCACGCUCCCCCUCCCCGCACGGAGCGUUCUCCCCCUCCCCGCACGGAGCUUUCUCCCCCUCCCCGCACGGAGCGUUCUCCCCCUCCCCGCACGGAGCGUUCUCCCCCUCCCCGCACGGAGCGUUCUCCCCCUCCCCGCACGGAGCGUUCUCCCCCUCCCCGCACGGAGCGUUCUCCCCCUCCCCGCACGGAGCUUUCUCCCCCUCCCCGCACGGAGCGUUCUCCCCCUCCCCGCACGGAGCUUUCUCCCCCUCCCCGCACGGAGCUUUCUCCCCCUCCCCGCACGGAGCUUUCUCCCCCUCCCCGCACGGAGCUUUCUCCCCCUCCCCGCACGGAGCUUUCUCCCCCUCCCCGCACGGAGCGUUCUCCCCCUCCCCGCACGGAGCUUUCUCCCCCUCCCCGCACGGAGCUUUCUCCCCCUCCCCGCACGGAGCUUUCUCCCCCUCCCCGCACGGAGCUUUCUCCCCCUCCCCGCACGGAGCGUUCUCCCCCUCCCCGCACGGAGCUUUCUCCCCCUCCCCGCACGGAGCGUUCUCCCCCUCCCCGCACGGAGCUUUCUCCCCCUCCCCGCACGGAGCUUUCUCCCCCUCCCCGCACGGAGCGUUCUCCCCCUCCCCGCACGGAGCUUUCUCCCCCUCCCCGCACGGAGCUUUCUCCCCCUCCCCGCACGGAGCUUUCUCCCCCUCCCCGCACGGAGCUUUCUCCCCCUCCCCGCACGGAGCUUUCUCCCCCUCCCCGCACGGAGCUUUCUCCCCCUCCCCGCACGGAGCUUUCUCCCCCUCCCCGCACGGAGCUCCCACCUCAGUCCCACCUCAGUCCCACCUCAGUCCCACCCCUCAGUCCCACCCCUCAGUCCCACCCCUCAGUCCCACCCCUCAGUCCCACCUCAGUCCCACCUCAGUCCCACCCCUCAGUCCCACCUCAGUCCCACACCUCAGUCCCACCUCAGUCCCACACCUCAGUCCCACCUCAGUCCCACCUCAGUCCCACACCUCAGUCCCACCUCAGUCCCACCCCUCAGUCCCACCUCAGUCCCACCCCUCAGUCCCACCCCUCAGUCCCACCCCUCAGUCCCACCCCUCAGUCCCACCUCAGUCCCACCUCAGUCCCACCCCUCAGUCCCACCUCAGUCCCACCCCUCAGUCCCACCCCUCAGUCCCACCUCAGUCCCACCUCAGUCCCACCUCAGUCCCACCUCAGUCCCACCUCAGUCCCACCUCAGUCCCACCUCAGUCCCACACCUCAGUCCCACACCUCAGUCCCACCUCAGUCCCACCUCAGUCCCACCUCAGUCCCACCCCUCAGUCCCACCCCUCAGUCCCACCCCUCAGUCCCACCUCAGUCCCACCUCAGUCCCACCUCAGUCCCACCUCAGUCCCACCUCAGUCCCACCUCAGUCCCACCUCAGUCCCACACCUCAGUCCCACCUCAAUCCCACCUCAAUCCCACACCUCAGUCCCACCUCAGUCCCACCUCAGUCCCACACCUCAGUCCCACACCUCAGUCCCACCUCAGUCCCACCUCAGUCCCACCUCAGUCCCACCUCAGUCCCACCUCAGUCCCACACCUCAGUCCCACACCUCAGUCCCACCUCAGUCCCACCUCAGUCCCACCUCAGUCCCACCUCAGUCCCACCUCAGUCCCACCUCAGUCCCACCCCUCAGUCCCACCCCUCAGUCCCACCUCAGUCCCACCUCAGUCCCACCUCAGUCCCACCUCAGUCCCACCUCAGUCCCACACCUCAGUCCCACCUCAGUCCCACCUCAGUCCCACCUCAAUCCCACACCUCAGUCCCACCUCAGUCCCACCUCAGUCCCCACACCUCAGUCCCACACCUCAGUCCCACACCUCAGUCCCACCUCAGUCCCACCUCAGUCCCACCUCAGUCCCACCUCAGUCCCACCUCAGUCCCACACUCAGUCCCACCUCAGUCCCACCUCAGUCCCACCUCAGUCCCACCUCAGUCCCACCUCAGUCCCACCUCAGUCCCACCUCAGUCCCACACCUCAGUCCCACACCUCAGUCCCACACCUCAGUCCCACACCUCAGUCCCACACCUCAGUCCCACCUCAGUCCCACCUCAGUCCCACCUCAGUCCCACACCUCAGUCCCACCUCAGUCCCACCUCAGUCCCACCUCAGUCCCACCUCAAUCCCACACCUCAGUCCCACCUCAGUCCCACACCUCAGUCCCACCUCAGUCCCACCUCAGUCCCACCCCUCAGUCCCACCCCUCAGUCCCACCUCAGUCCCACCUCAGUCCCACCUCAGUCCCACACCUCAGUCCCACCUCAGUCCCACCUCAGUCCCACCCCUCAGUCCCACCCCUCAGUCCCACCCUCAGUCCCACCUCAGUCCCACCUCAGUCCCACCUCAGUCCCCCCUCAGUCCCCCUCAGUCCCACCUCAGUCCCACCUCAGUCCCACCUCAGUCCCACACCUCAGUCCCACACCUCAGUCCCACACCUCAGUCCCACACCUCAGUCCCACACCUCAGUCCCACCUCAGUCCCACCUCAGUCCCACCUCAGUCCCACCUCAGUCCCACCUCAGUCCCACCUCAGUCCCACCUCAGUCCCACCUCAGUCCCACCUCAGUCCCACCUCAGUCCCACCUCAGUCCCACACCUCAGUCCCACACCUCAGUCCCACCUCAGUCCCACCUCAGUCCCACCUCAGUCCCACCUCAGUCCCACACCUCAGUCCCACACCUCAGUCCCACCUCAGUCCCACCUCAGUCCCACACCUCAGUCCCACCUCAGUCCCACCUCAGUCCCACCUCAGUCCCACACCUCAGUCCCACCCCUCACAGUCCCACACCUCAGUCCCACCUCAGUCCCACCUCAGUCCCACCUCAGUCCCACCUCAGUCCCACCUCAGUCCCACACCUCAGUCCCACCUCAGUCCCACCUCAGUCCCACCUCAGUCCCACCUCAGUCCCACCUCAGUCCCACCUCAGUCCCACCUCAGUCCCACACCUCAGUCCCACACCUCAGUCCCACACCUCAGUCCCACACCUCAGUCCCACCUCAGUCCCACCUCAGUCCCACCUCAGUCCCACCUCAGUCCCACCUCAGUCCCACCUCAGUCCCACCUCAGUCCCACCUCAGUCCCACCUCAGUCCCACCUCAGUCCCACCUCAGUCCCACACACCUCAGUCCCACACCUCAGUCCCACCUCAGUCCCACCUCAGUCCCACCUCAGUCCCACCUCAGUCCCACCUCAGUCCCACACCUCAGUCCCACACCUCAGUCCCACCUCAGUCCCACCUCAGUCCCACCUCAGUCCCACCUCAGUCCCACCUCAGUCCCACCUCAGUCCCACACCUCAGUCCCACCUCAGUCCCACCUCAGUCCCACCUCAGUCCCACCUCAGUCCCACCCCUCAGUCCCACCCCUCAGUCCCACCUCAGUCCCACCUCAGUCCCACCUCAGUCCCACCUCAGUCCCACACCUCAGUCCCACCUCAGUCCCACCUCAGUCCCACCCCUCAGUCCCACCUCAGUCCCACCCCUCAGUCCCACCCCUCAGUCCCACCUCAGUCCCACCUCAGUCCCACCUCAGUCCCACCUCAGUCCCACCUCAGUCCCACCUCAGUCCCACCUCAGUCCCACACCUCAGUCCCACCUCAGUCCCACCUCAGUCCCACCUCAGUCCCACACCUCAGUCCCACACCUCAGUCCCACCUCAGUCCCACCUCAGUCCCACACCUCAGUCCCACCUCAGUCCCACCGCAGUCCCACCUCAGUCCCACCUCAGUCCCACCUCAGUCCCACCUCAGUCCCACCUCAGUCCCACCUCAGUCCCACCCCUCAGUCCCACCCCUCAGUCCCACCUCAGUCCCACCUCAGUCCCACACCUCAGUCCCACCUCAGUCCCACACCUCAGUCCCACCUCAGUCCCACACCUCAGUCCCACCUCAGUCCCACACCUCAGUCCCACCUCAGUCCCACCUCAGUCCCACCUCAGUCCCACCUCAGUCCCACCUCAGUCCCACCUCAGUCCCACCUCAGUCCCACCUCAGUCCCACCUCAGUCCCACCUCAGUCCCACCUCAGUCCCACCUCAGUCCCACCUCAGUCCCACCUCAGUCCCACCUCAGUCCCACACCUCAGUCCCACCUCAGUCCCACCUCAGUCCCACCUCAGUCCCACCUCAGUCCCACCUCAGUCCCACCUCAGUCCCACCUCAGUCCCACCCCUCAGUCCCACCCCUCAGUCCCACCUCAGUCCCACCUCAGUCCCACACCUCAGUCCCACCUCAGUCCCACACCUCAGUCCCACCUCAGUCCCACACCUCAGUCCCACCUCAGUCCCACCUCAGUCCACACCUCAGUCCCACCUCAGUCCCACCUCAGUCCCACCUCAGUCCCACCUCAGUCCCACCUCAGUCCCACCUCAGUCCCACCUCAGUCCCACCUCAGUCCCACCUCAGUCCCACCUCAGUCCCACCUCAGUCCCACCUCAGUCCCACACCUCAGUCCCACCUCAGUCCCACCUCAGUCCCACCUCAGUCCCACCUCAGUCCCACCUCAGUCCCACCUCAGUCCCACCUCAGUCCCACACCUCAGUCCCACCUCAGUCCCACCUCAGUCCCACCUCAGUCCCACCUCAGUCCCACUCAGUCCCAGUCCCACCUCAGUCCCACCUCAGUCCCACCUCAGUCCCACCUCAGUCCCACCUCAGUCCCACCUCAGUCCCACCUCAGUCCCACCUCAGUCCCACCUCAGUCCCACCCUCAGUCCCACCUCAGUCCCACCUCAGUCCCACCCUCAGUCCCACCUCAGUCCCACCUCAGUCCCACCUCAGUCCCACCUCAGUCCCACCUCAGUCCCACCUCAGUCCCACCUCAGUCCCACCUCAGUCCCACCUCAGUCCCACCUCAGUCCCACCUCAGUCCCACCUCAGUCCCACCUCAGUCCCACCUCAGUCCCACCUCAGUCCCACCUCAGUCCCACCUCAGUCCCACCUCAGUCCCACCUCAGUCCCACCUCAGUCCCACACCUCAGUCCCACACCUCAGUCCCACCUCAGUCCCACACUCAGUCCACCUCAGUCCCACCUCAGUCCCACCUCAGUCCCACCUCAGUCCCACCUCAGUCCCACCUCAGUCCCACCUCAGUCCCACCUCAGUCCCACCUCAGUCCCACCUCAGUCCCCACCUCAGUCCCACCUCAGUCCCACCUCAGUCCCACCUCAGUCCCACCUCAGUCCCACCUCAGUCCCACUCAGUCCCACCUCAGUCCCACCUCAGUCCCACUCAGUCCCACCCUCAGUCCCACCUCAGUCCCACCUCAGUCCCACCUCAGUCCCACCUCAGUCCCACCUCAGUCCCACCUCAGUCCCACCUCAGUCCCACCUCAGUCCCACCUCAGUCCCACCUCAGUCCCACCUCAGUCCCACCUCAGUCCCACCUCAGUCCCACCUCAGUCCCACCUCAGUCCCACCUCAGUCCCACCUCAGUCCCACCUCAGUCCCACCUCAGUCCCACCUCAGUCCCACCUCAGUCCCACCUCAGUCCCACCUCAGUCCCACCCCUCAGUCCCCCCCUCAGUCCCACCUCAGUCCCACCUCAGUCCCACCUCAGUCCCACCUCAGUCCCACACCUCAGUCCCACCUCAGUCCCACCUCAGUCCCACCUCAGUCCCACCCCUCAGUCCCACCCCUCAGUCCCACCCUCAGUCCCACCUCAGUCCCACCUCAGUCCCACCCCUCAGUCCCACCCUCAGUCCCACCCUCAGUCCCACCUCAGUCCCACCUCAGUCCCACCUCAGUCCCACCUCAGUCCCACCUCAGUCCCACCUCAGUCCCACCUCAGUCCCACCUCAGUCCCACCUCAGUCCCACCUCAGUCCCACCUCAGUCCCACCUCAGUCCCACCUCAGUCCCACCUCAGUCCCACCUCAGUCCCACCUCAGUCCCACCUCAGUCCCACCUCAGUCCCACCUCAGUCCCACCUCAGUCCCACCUCAGUCCCACCUCAGUCCCACCUCAGUCCCACCCUCAGUCCCACCCUCAGUCCCACCCUCAGUCCCACCUCAGUCCCACCCUCAGUCCCACCUCAGUCCCACACCUCAGUCCCACCUCAGUCCCACUCAGUCCCACCACCCACUCAGUCCCACCUCAGUCCCACACCUCAGUCCCACCUCAGUCCCACCUCAGUCCCACACCUCAGUCCCACCUCAGUCCCACCUCAGUCCCACCUCAGUCCCACCUCAGUCCCACCUCAGUCCCACCUCAGUCCCACCUCAGUCCCACCUCAGUCCCACCUCAGUCCCACCUCAGUCCCACCUCAGUCCCACCUCAGUCCCACCUCAGUCCCACCUCAGUCCCACCUCAGUCCCACCUCAGUCCCACCUCAGUCCCACCUCAGUCCCACCCCAGUCCCACCUCAGUCCCACCUCAGUCCCAUGA